AUGGCAUCAAUCAAGCGAGCUCUUCUGAUUGCUAGCCCCUGGGGAGAUCUCCAGGGGACUUUUACCGACGCCGAUCGCAUGCGCUCUGUGUUGAUGGCGUAUGGUUUCCACAUUACUGAAUGCCGAGGGCCUCAAGCAACGCGCAGUGGUAUUAUAACCGCCUGGGAGAACUUAGCCUCGUCCAGUGCACCAGACGACGUGGUAGUUAUCUAUUACUCUGGUCACGGUGGCAUUGUGGAAUCUCCAGCUGCAGUGGACAAUGGCUACCGGGACUGGCGUUACCAGUUUCUCGUACCAGUGGACUUCGAAGACACUCGUGGCGCAGAUUUCAAAGGAAUUUUAGAUAUUGAGAUCUCGUCCCUGCUUCAUUCUGUCACCGAGAAGACCCACAACGUCACUACUAUCCUUGACUGCUGUUACUCAGGAAGACUGGUUCGAGCCCCUGGUCUUGGCGAUACGAGCAGAGCCAGACGUGUUCCCAUGGUGCGUUAUGACGAUGUUACAGCUUUUAUCAACCGCUACGGAGAGCUUGCGGUCUCAGAGAACCGGACAGUGGCCGAAGACAACCCCUAUGCUGUUCGCCUCGCCGCUGCUGCUGCAUCGGAAAUAGCUUGGGAAGUUCGCGGCAGUGAUGGGUUAUGGAUGGGAUCUUUUACCUUUGCGCUCGCCCAAGUUCUUCAGGAAUCACAAGACCUUCGGCAGUCAUGGCGAACCAGCAUUCUACGAGUUCGGGAGCUAGUUCAGGCGCAGUUUCCCUCUCAGCAUCCUCAGGUUGAGGGCCCCCAUACUCGGAUUCCCUUCUCACUCACUGAGAUUGGUUCCGAUGCCAUUCAUCUCAAGAUCGAGGAUGGACAACCGGUGCUCCAGGCUGGUCGUGUGGCUCAUGUGUCAGAAGGGGACGUGUAUGCGGUAAAAUGUCUUCGAAGUGAACGGCCCUCGACGCAAACCCAGAUUGCUGUAUGUGAGAUCAUCAGUGUACAAGCCUUCCAAGCUCUAGGACGAUUGGAUUAUACAGCAGAUGCUCCGAGACAAGAGAUUUCGCCUGAAGGGGCACUUGCAUUCUUGCAGCAGAGCGCUCGCUACCGGUGGCCGAUAUCAGUGCCUCCAUCCCUGUUGGGUUUACUUUGCGAUAAGGUUCAACAAUCACAAUUCAUUCGACUACCCGGUGAAAACGAACCGGGGCCUGCCCUACUCUCGCUAUUUCACAGAGACAAUUUCGUUGGCAUCAAGUCCCAAAGUGGAAUAGAUCUCACAACUCGCUAUAUGAAUCCGGAGAGCCCUACACAGUUAGACCAUGCAUGUCAAGCAGUUGUAGUUGACGCGGAUCGUUUGGCUUGUGCUCAGAAUAUUCUUACUGUACGCAAUAAAACAGACGAGUGGUUUCGCCAUCGAGUUGACGUAAAAGUCGGGCUAGUGGAAGACCACCAGCCUAAAACGACCUUUGCUGGAGCAGGAUGUGACCAAUUGUACGAGGACCAGCGAAUCUACAUAAAGCUUCAGAAUGACAGCACCAGUACUACAGCUUACGUGAAUAUACUCCACAUCAAUGUUCAAGGGAAAAUAUCCUUAAUAUCGAUGUCUUGUUCGGAGGGAAUUGAGCUUCCUCCUGGGCGCUCUCACUGGAUUCGGAAAACGAAGUGGGGUGUUCUCGAGGGUCUCCAAGUCUCCUGGCCAGCUGAUGUGCCUCGUGAUAGGCCGAUUGAUGAGCAUCUUCUUUUCUUUGUGACUAACUUGCCUGUUGAUCUGCGCCCACUUACCAGUCUCCACUACACUCCUCAACGCACUGCACACUCGAAAUUAGUACGGAGAUUGUAUCAACUAUGUUGUGGAGGGCAGAGAGAGCUUAUCGAUAACGACGAGUCCAAUCAAACAGUCUACGACAUUAUCCAUUUCCCUCUGACUGUGAUCGCACACGAGGAUUCACAGGCUAUGCGAGCCACUCGCCUGAGAGGGCUGCUUGACUCGUUUUGCAAUGGCAGUCCUUCUCACCAAGAACAAAAUUUUCCUUCGAUGUUCAGUGAGACCCAGGAUCUCCCAGACCUACCUCCACACCUCAUUCCAGAGACAAAAGGUCUCGUAGGCCAGGCUCUCCGGGUAAUUCAGGGGAUACCCGCUUGUGUUUGGGUAGUCAACGAGCACACCGAGGCCAUCACCGUUGUAGUCUCUCAAUACCGGCCAUCCCGCCUAUGGACUGAUGCUGGUCUAAAUGCCUCGACUACAGGGGUCGGUCUUGACCUGUCCACUACAACGUUUACGCCUCCUGCGACGCGGAAAACGCUUGCCCCCGCAGCACCAGCCCCGAAGCAGUCCAUAGCUACGUUCCCGCUGUGGACUCGGCGCGACGGAUUCGGGGUUAUCACCGUGUUUGUGGGUGCGACGCAGACGCUAUAUAUCGAAAAUGAUCGUAUCCCGAUCGGAGCCACGGCCUACUUCCGAAACGAACCUGAUUUGCAUAUCAAGGAGUAUGGUAGCGACUGA